AUGACGAACAACAGUGAUGCUUCAUCUUCCCUGUCUGCAGUUCAGGAAUUUGGCAAAAUCCCGAUGGACGUGGAUGAUAUCGAGUGGUACGGUUGGGAGAUGGACUCUAUUGUGAGGUGCCGCUGUGGGCAGAUACCAGUUCGAAGGGUUGCAUUUGAAGGUUGUUAUACUGGUCGGCGUUUCAUCAGCUGCUGCUAUGACGAUGAAACGAGAUGUGAUUUCAUCUCAUGGUAUGAUCCAGAAUGGCCUCCUACCAUGCAAAGGGCUUUGGAGAAGCUAUGGGGCAUGGGAGAAGCAAAAGAGAAGCAAAUUCAUGCCGAACUCAACUCACUGAUGAACAAGAUGCUUGAGGAUAAGCUCACAGCUGAGAAAGAAGUGGUGAAGUUAGAAGGUGAAGUUGACAGUCUGGUAGAGGAGAAGGUGAAACUGGAAGCUGAGAAGGAGAUUGCCUUUCAGAAGCUUCAGGAGAAGAAGAAGUGGAUUCUGAUUGCACUGAGCUGCAAUGUGGCAUUAGUUGUAGUCUUGGCUUAUGUCACUCCACUGAAAAUAGCGGGGACAAACCCUAGAUACAGUAAAAAGCAACAACGAUGA